UCAGAUUUGAACCUACAGCCUCUGUAUGUGGGGCGCGUGACAUAACUGCUCAGGCUAUAUCUGUCGCCCGCAAACAACUUUUAAAGUCUUGUGUGAAUGUGAAGAUUUCAAUCACACUUCUUGACAGCUGUAAAAUACAUUUAUGUACGUGCUGUGGUUAUUCAAUGUUUCCUGUUAAACUUCUUUACUGUGUACUGAAGUGGAAAGUAGUUUAACAGACCGACCCGAUAGGUGCCAUGAGCAGUGAGCUUAACGUCCCAAUGGGCUCCCCGGCCCCGGGGGCCUCCGAGCAAGCCCACGAUGGCGGGAUGGACUACAGGGACUGGGUGCGACGUAGCUACCUGGAGCUGGUCAGCUCCAACCACCACUCCGUGCAGGCCCUGUCCUGGAGGAAACUCUACCUGAGCCGGGCCAAGCUGAAGGCCUCCAGCAGGACGUCUGCUCUGCUCUCCGGCUUCGCAAUGGUGGCCAUGGUGGAGGUGCAGCUGGAGAUGCAGUACAGUUAUCCUCCUGUGCUCCUCAUCGCCUUCAGCGUGUGCACGACCGUGCUGGUGGCGGUGCACCUCUUCGCUCUGCUCAUCAGCACCUGCAUCCUCCCGAACGUGGAGGCCGUCAGCAACAUCCACAACCUCAACUCGGUCAGCGAGUCGCCGCACGAGCGCAUGCACUGCUACAUCGAGCUGGCGUGGGGCUUCUCCACGGCGCUGGGCAUCCUGCUGUUCCUAGCCGAGGUGGUGCUCCUCUGCUGGAUCAAGUUCCUGCCCGUGGACUCCUGUGAGACCAAAAAGGGAACGACGUGCGGCUCCACAGGGACCGCAGCUCCGCCUGUGGCGCAGGACAGCGGGCGGGCGGCGGCGCUGGCCUCCACCAUCAUCAUGGUGCCGGUGGGGGUGAUUUUCGUGGUGUUCACCAUUCACUUCUAUCGCUCUCUGGUGCGCCACAAGACAGAGCGCCACCACCAGGAGAUCGAGGAACUGCACAAGAUUAAAGUGCAGCUAGACGGCCACGAGAGAGGUCUUCAGACUGUGUGAAAACAGGACGGCAGCUUUAAGGACUUCCCUUUACGUCCCGUAUUUAUCCUCCCCCAUCUCUUUUUUUGUUCCCGUCUUGGUUAAAGCCUUCAUCGGACAGUGAGCUCCAGAGCUCUCCACUCGGCAGCACAGACAGCCAGUACAUGUCAGACUGCUAACUUAUUCUUAAGGUGAUGUUUAAAUGUUCAUGUGGUGGCCUUGUCUGUUCUUUUAGCUCUGUAAUGUGUGUUGUCAAAGAGAAUGUUAAAAAACGUUUACAGUAAAAGGGCUAAAGUGUAGGGAUGCACCGCUCUGACUACUGACAGCUGGGUUUGAAUAUCAGCCUGACAGAGUCCCAGAGUACCAACCUGACACCAGACCUUCAAUCUCUAUGAUCCAAUUCUGACUUUUACAUGAUGCUUCUGCAGGGUUUGUUACAGAUUGCAAUGCUCAUCCAUCUCUCACAACAGAGGGCUCUGCAGAUACUACAAGUAGUCAUACGGCCCUGUGCUGUGGCAAUUCUAAAAUCCCUUUUAAACAGCUAAUAACAAGGGAUACACUGAUGUCUCAAUUGACCGAUUAGCUCUUUGACAGACAUCGGCAAAUAAUGUGGCACACAUCAAUGUCAGCAGCCACUACGUAUCAGUGCUGAUGCAUCAGUUUAAUGCUGGUAUACCUGACUGCUGAUCCAGGGAAAGUCUUCUCUUUUAUUUUUUUGAGCUGGUGAAGUCACCUGUCGGACCAAGUGCCAUUUUUUUUCUUUCAUGGAAUCACAGUGUGGGAGUCUUCCACCGUCUCGGUCAAAGAUCAGCCACAGGCAGUUUGCCAAGCAUGUUCCAGUGACAUUUGAAGAAUGUUUUUUUUUUUCAAAUGAGCUAUGUGAUUGGAUGUAUUUGAAAUGUAGACACUGAGAAUUAGGAAGAAGUCACAAAAGAAAACAUCGGUAUUGGCUAAAUUGUUGUCUUCAUCUCCGGUGUUGACCCAGAUUUUCACUUCUGGUGCGCUCUGUAUUAGAAGAGUGUGUGGAGACAGCUGCUCGACACAGAGGAGUAUAUUUUUAAUCAGAUGAGCCCCAGUGUCACCAACACCAAAUCCAGAUGUUUGUGUUGGUUUAUGACAUAUGUCAGUAUGAGGUUGGUGCAUCCCUUACUAAUCUGUUAUGUGUGCCAUGUCUUGUUUCCUCUGUGGGGCUUCGGUGACAACGGUCGGUUUUGGAUCUGGUUUUGCAGAAUAGCUUCAGAGCUCAAUCCCCGUCAAACAAAUCUCUUAUUGAAUCUUUUUCUCUGACAAAGAGCUGCCGUCACUUUCAAACACAAACAUGUGCUCAAAUCGUUUUGAUGCCAAAAGUGACUUGACUCGACGUUUCUCUUUAAGCUGCUUUCUGUUUUCAGUCAGAGAGCGUUUGAGUGGUGCGUCAAACCUGAUUCAAAAGUUUGGAAUCAGGAGCUUCCU